AAGGAAAAUGGAAAAUAAUCUCUCUUGAUUUUCUGUUCGGGCCGUCAAAUAACCCGACGAGAUCCAGCCCGAAGGCAGGGUUUACUCAUCACUGCUUAGUACUAAAGUGUGAUGGAUCACCAAAACUAAACCUUUGAAUUUGAUUAUUCUGAAUCUUGAAGCAAACAUUUCAACAAACACCUGCAAUUCCCUUUGCGAGAACGAAAGAAGGAGGAAAAGAACCAUGGAAAAAAUGAAUGUGGCUCUUGAGAAGAUGAAAAUGCUGGUGGGAAUGGAAGCUGACGAGGAAUCACUAGCUGAACCUGAUGAUUCCUCUUCCUCUUUUGCUUUUGUAGAUGAUUUCAAUCGUAAUUGUACUUUAUCCACUAAGCAGAGAUUGUAUGGUUUUAUCAUAUGCUUGGUUUCUGGGAUAACUUGUACACUAUUGUCCAUGCUUGUUUUCUUCAAUCCAAUCAAAUUCGGAAUAACAUUCUCCUUGGGCAAUCUGCUGGCGCUUGGAAGCACAGCAUUUCUUAUUGGACCCAAACGGCAGAUGACAAUGAUGGUUGACCCUGUCCGGAUCUACGCAACUGCCAUAUAUCUUGCCAGCAUUAUCAUUUCUCUGUUUGCUGCAUUAUAUGUAAGGAACAAGUUGUUGACAUUUCUGGCUAUUUCAUUAGAGUUCGGAGCACUUAUCUGGUAUAGCUUGAGCUACAUCCCUUUUGCAAGGUCCAUGGUUUCCAAAGUCUUGGCUGCUUGCUUCGAUACAGAAUUUUAAAGUGAAUUGCAGGAGCUGGCUAGUGACCUACACAUGAAGACCAUCAACUGGAUUUCUGCCCAAAGCAAAUGGUGGAGACAGUGUUGUUGAGUUGCUAAUUGCAUUUUGGCACUUUGAAUUGUGAAGAUUGAUGACUUGGCGGUAUGAUGUUUCUGGAAGGAUUCUGCCAAGCUGGAUCAUAACAACCUUCCUGAUGUAUCAUUCUUCUGUGUGUGGUUUGAUGCUGGACCACUUGUCCACGUGCAACGGAUGCAGCCUCCUGAUUUUGAAUCACGUUUUGGCGGGAGAAUGAAGCUGCUUCUUCUGAUACUGAGACUGCUUCUUCUGAUGCUUCUGAUGAGUUCAAUACCCCCUCCUCAAGUUGAGCGUUCCACAGACUCAACUUGGACAGAAUAUAAGAAAAGGAAGCAACAGGUAAAGACUUGGUAAAGAUGUCGGCCAAUUCUUGUGAUGAACUGACAUGUUGUGGAAGAAUGAAACCAUCUUUGUACUUGUCUCUAACAACAUGGCAAUCGAUCUCAAUGUGUUUAGUCCUCUCAUGGAAGACCGGAUUGACCGUAAUGUCCAAAGCUGCUUUGCUGUCCCAAAAGAAAGGGAUUGGUAGCUGCAAUGGAACCUGAAAGUCUUGUAACAUGUAUGUGAUCCACUGCAACUCUCUUACAGUUGAAGCCAUAGCUUUGUACUCAGCUUCAGCUGAGGAACAUGAGAUGGUGGAUUGUUUUUUUGCUUUCCAAGAUACCAAACUUGUUCCAAAGAACACACAGGAUCCAGUGAUGGAAUGUUUAGAUGUACGACAUUAUCCCCAAUCAGCAUCAUUGUAGGCUGUGACGAGGAACAUUGUUACUGGCAUAGAAUAAUCCCCUUGAAAUACUUCCAGAAAGGUACCUCAAUACAUGAACUGCUGCAUUCCAGUGAGAAUCAUGAGGUUUGUGUACAAAUUGGCUUAACUGCUGCACUGCAUAGGUAAGAUCAGGCCAGCUAUAGUUUAAGUACAAUAGUUUGCCAACCAGUCUUCUAUACUUCUCAGGAUUGUGAUAGAGAGGAGUUUCAUCCUUGUCUUCUUCAGAAAUAAACUUAAAACCACCAGGAAAUGGAGUAGAAGCUGCAGUACAAUCCAACAUGCCUGUUUCUUGUAGAAGAUCAGAAGUGUAUUUCUUUUGACUGAUAUAUAUACUAGCAGAAGAUCUUGCAAUUUCCAUUCCCAAGAUAUACCUUGC